CAAAUUCCAGAUCAUAUGUAGAAAAAUUUAAAAAAAUAUUUAUUCACACCUUAAUUGUAUAAAACCAGGCCAAAACUUUAAAUAAAGACUAUUUUUAUAAAAUGAUACAUUUUUAUUACAAUUUUGUAUUCUUUUUACUGCUAAAUAAUUUUAAGAUUUAUAACUUUUUAAAUAUUUCAUAUUAUUUAAAAGAAAAACUAUGUAUUUUAAGCAUUGGAAAUAAUCUGAAUAUUUUUUUAACUGGUUUUGUGAAUUUACAGAUAAUAUCUAGUCGAAUCGGCAAAAAAAAUUCAUUUAUGUGUUAAUUGAAAAAAAUGUACAUAUUGCCCACGUUAAAAAAAGGUAUGCUUACGGGUAGUAGGUAGGGUAGUACACUGUUUCAAUGUAUUUGAAAUAUUUUUUAAAAUGACAAUUUUACAGAUAUUCGUGAGUAUUUUGACAGUUUUUAAAAAGGUUUUGAACAGUACACUACUACCAUUUUCACCAUUUUUUCUGGUCCCCAUGCUGCCACAUGUUCACCCUUUUUAUUCUCCCUCUCCUUUACUUAUGUAUUUUUUACAGUGUCAUCAGUUGUCUUUUAAAGUCAAGUUAGUAGUUUCUUUUUCAUUCUAUCCAUAUGAAGCUAUAUAUAAUUUCCACUGACUAAUCCUGGUAACCACACAGACUGGAUGUCCUUGUAAAAUCAUGACUUCAUACAAAUUUCCUCUUCAACUGAGAAGACAUGAAGCUGAAUGAAUGGGACUUUGCGUGCCUAAAGUUGCAUCAUUUGUUGCUGAGAACUGCUAGAAGCUGUUGGCUAAUGCUUUAGGACUUCUGUCAUUAAUUUCCUGGCAAAAAAGGGCGCUUCAGAAAUUCCCUGCACGUGUAAGAAGCGGUUUUCCUAAUAUGGUCAUCCGUUCCAGAGCGUUUUGAAUGAGGGGCUGACCUCCCCAUCGCUUGAGUGGUGAUGCGUCAAAGUGCAAUUGUAAAAUCGGUUGACAUUUAGCACUGUAAGACAUUUCCACGUUUUAAAGCAGUUUUAAUGCGACUGAAAGCCUGUUGAAUACUUGUGCGGCGUUGUAAGAAACUGUAAGGCGCUAAAAUGGCGUUAAGACGGUCAGUUUGUCGUCGCUGGAGCCGUUUGGAAACGCGUGCUGAGUGAAACUAGCGUACUGCACGUGAAGGCAACGCAGCCGUUCCCAGCUGCCUGACAGUAGGCCAGUUUAAAAUAAAGAGAAACCGAAAGAAAUUUGCUGGAUGUUGCAUCACGAUCCGUCUCAGGCCAAAAAAAAUAAAAACUCCUGCUUCUGGUAAAACCUCCAGACCUACCGGCUGCACACCCACAACAUCCAAGAGUCACCAAGCAACCACACUAGCUUUCAGCAGCAACACACUUUUAUUCUCCUCCAGUUCGAUCCGAGCUGCAGACGGUUUGCGCGCCGGUUGAACUAUUUAAAUGAAGACCUCCGGGCUGCACCGAUGAUCGAUGACCGCCGAGUAGGAGGGAGUGGAGAGCCAGACAUGUCCCCGUUAUUCAUGGACACCGGCUGCGAGGCCAACAGCCCCGGAUCUCCGUCAGCAGAGGAGUGUCACAGCACCACCCCUGUAUCGGAGGAGCGAGAUUCGGAGAGGCAACAGGUGGGAAGCAGAGGGUCCAAAAGACGAGACAAGAACAGAGAUGCAGCGAGAAAGAGCCGCAAGAAACAAACCGAGAGAGCCGAUGAGCUGCAUGAGGAGCUCCAGCAGCUGGAGCGGUCCAACGCUGCUCUUCAUAAAGAGAUCGCCGCUUUGAGGAAACAGCUCCACGAGUAUGAGACUUCUCUGAAGCGUCAUGAACCUCACUGCCGCCUCGGUGCCUCCUCAGCAGACCGUCGGAGCAGCUCCAGCCCUCCAAAGGUCCCUGCAAAGGUUUCAAACUCCACUUUAGCUGCUGCUUCUUCACUUUCUACCUCUUUAACCUCCAGUCUGGGUCUUCAAACCCUCCCAUCGACUACAACCUUAGCCUCAUCUGCCAGCACAUCAGCUGAACCGAUGACUGUUCCUUACUCGGCCUCCUUCCUCACACAUACGGCUCCUCACUCUUUGUUUAGCGACGCUGCUCAAAUCACCUCGAGUCCGACAAAUGUUGUCCCCGGCCUUUUGGCAAACUCUCCUGCCCCAAACAUCUGUGAAGCCUCUGCAUUUUUAACGAAACAAACUCCAUUUCCAACUGCUUCACCUAGCGUGGUGCCUCCCUACCCCUGUCAGCAGGGAAAUGCAGGCCGGGCCGUGAACUUGCCCCAGCUUCAUCCAUGUCAGUUCAGUCCAAACAGAUCAAGUCCUCCUGCCCCUGCCGCUCAGUCUCUCUCGGUUCCACCUCAGGCCAGUUUACAGCCCUCUCCAGCACUUCCUUUCGGCCUGAAUCCGAGUUAUACUUCACCUUCUCCUACGUCCCUGCUGUCUCUCCUCACUGUCCCCAGUCCUCUGAAUGUUCUUCAAACUAAAUCCAGCACUGGAGACGGAGCUCUUUCCCAGCCUCCGCCGCCUGAUCUCGGCCCCGAUCUUUCUGAGCUCCUGGAAAACAACGAUUGGAUCCUAAGUGGGCCUCCUCGCACUACAUAAUAGCCUUAUACGUUGUGAGCAGCUUAACUGAACUAUGGACACUGCUUCGAGCUUGCAAAUCAGAUUCUGAUGAGUUAUAUUGUCUUUUUACAGUAUUUAUGACAGGAUUUUAGCACAAAUAUAAGGGCUGUGGCUCUUAUUCGGCUUUCUGCUUCUUAAAUUGAUUCAAAAACACUCUAUUUCAUGUAAAAGUAGAACACUCUGUCCAUUUCUUUAACUACGAAUCUCCAUAAAUGUGAACCGACAAAAAGUUUUUUUUCCCGAAUGUAUCAAAAAUCAGUCCUAAAUCAGCAGCAGAGAUGCUGCAAAUCUGACUCAACAUGUAAAACUCUGACUUGCUCUUUUAGACGGGGUGGAGUACCCACUUCCUCGCAGCUUCAUGGAAAUGUCAUUAGGAGAAAUUUCCAUCUGUGCUGCGGUGUUAAAGACACGACGGUGCCAGAGUUAAUCACACAUCCUGGAACUGCUGCAUAUAUGCUUCAACUUCAGGAAACUUUACUCUUCUUCUCUCUUUUUUUUUUAAACCUCAUUUAAAAUAAAUAGUAAUCAAAUGCAGACUCUCUCCUCACAAAUUCUGCUGCUGCUGAUAAUUUAUUUAUAGCUUGCAAAUAUUUCAACCCCACAAAAGAAAUGCAAAAAUGAGUCAAUUUACUAAUUUAGCUGUUUAAAUUAUUAUUACAGAGCCUCUUCUUUUUAAAUUCUUUCUGAUCCAUAGUGAAAGUGUUGUGAUGUUGAAUCACGUACUACAAUGUCACGGUGUAGCUAACUUAGCCUGUAAUGCGUUUAGUACAAACCAUAUGCAGUGGUUGUGUGUAUGCACUGAAUAAUAAAUGCGUAAUGUAGAGCGAAACAGAUGGAUCGGGGGGAAUUCAAAAAAUAAAUAUUUCAACGGAGCUCAAACUUCCCUCCACGACCGUUCGAGGCUCUGUAAAUUAUUUAUUUUCCGACAUUUCAGAUAAUAAAGUAAAAAAAUAACUCUUCAAAUAAUACAGUUGCUUUAUUUAUAGCCUCAAAAUGCCAUAUUUUGUUUGUAAUGUGGGUCACUAAGCAGACAAGCAUCACGUUUCUGGUAUUGUGUGGUAACUUCAUUCCUCCAAAGUAUGAAAUAUAAAUAUUAAAUAAGUAUAUAAAUAUUACAGCUUUGAUUGAAACCAGACUGUAAAUAGGUGGAUUCGUGCAUUUGUGGUUAAAUUUCAGUAAUGGUGUGUUUCAUUAGUCUCCUCUCCUAACCGAAGCUGUUUUUUUUUUUUUCAUGCUGCCUGAGAGGAAGCAAACGUCAGAAAGCAGCAGGUGAUGAGGUUGUCAGGGGUAGCUUCAUUAAGGCUGAUGACGGUGACAGCUAGGAGCUCACCAACAGCCCUCACUCAUGGGAGUCUACACCUAUGAUUUAAAAAAAAAAACUAAUUAGGGAAUCUCUUAUUGAGCAUAUGUCAAGUGAGCUACUUUUUUCUUCCCUUUGGCUUCAUGUAACUGACUAUAGGAGGACAAAGAGGCUGCUUAAGUCUGCUGCUGCGAGGAAAUGAAUUAUUUUAUUUUUAAAGCUAGGAAAUGCAUCGUGGUCGUAUCAAAAUGACGAGUUUCAUUGUUCAGAUGAUGAUUGAUGCACAUUAUUUUGCUUUAUAUGUAUAGGAAUUUAUGAGACUCCUCUGAUUCAGUAUGAGGCCUUCAGUUGUGUUACUGUUUGUAUUUAACAUACAUUACAUGAUAUAUUUAUGCAACAGGAAAAGCUACCUACAAAUAAAAACAUUUUGCUAAACA